CUCAGGAUUCCGAGUCAGGGCCAUGAUCAUUCAAUCUGCAGUUGCACAUCUGCAUCGAGAAAAGCUUGCGCGUUUAGAAACAUUUGGCAAUCAGCCUUGUCCAUUGCAAGAUGGCAUGGUCACUGUCGGAGAAAUGAAAGUACAGCGUGCGUGACUUGAAAGGCAAAAGCUUUCACGGAGGAACAUGGCCCGGGCGUCACAGGAAGCAGUGGUCCAUGACGAAGAGUAUGUGGAUGCCCUCUACAAAUUUGCCAUGGAGUAUCAUGCUCAGGACCUGGCAGAGAUACUGCUGAAGCCAGACGAUGACCUGCAUUACGCUGUACACGUCAGCUUCCAAGAGCUGCACGGCGACGAGCGCUUUGAGGCCAUGGCCAACCUGCUGUGCUGCAAACCGCGGUGGCUGCUCCCGCUGUUCGACGAGGCCCUGAGCAAGGCGCAGGUGGACAUCGCCGAUGUGCACGAGCUGCAGGAGGACAUGAGCUUCAAGGCGCAUGUGCACGCACGCGUUACGCUUAUGGAGUGCCCCGAAAUGAAGCCGAGCAUAAGCCGCAUCCGAUGCGAGGACAUUGGGCGGAUCCUCGCCGUCCGAGGCACUAUCAUCCGGACAGGCGCGGUGAAGAUGCUUGAGGGGGAGCGGGAGUACGAAUGUGCCAAAUGCAAGCUCCGGUUCAAGGUGACCCCACAGUUGGAGCAAGACAACAAGCUCACCCUCCCGGCAUCAUGCCCCUCGGACCGCACCAAGCCGUGCAAGAGUGUGACCUUCAACUACGUGGACGAAUCCAAGGUGUGCCACGACUACCAGGAGAUCAAGAUCCAGGAAGAGAUGCACGGGCUGGGGGUCGGGUCAGUCCCCCGGUCGAUUGUGGCGGUGUUGCAGGACGACCUGGUGGACUACUGCAAGGCCGGGGACGACGUGGAAGUAACGGGCGUCCUUUGCUGCAAGUGGAAGCCGGUCAUGAAGGGCGUCCGGUGCGACCUGGAAAUGGUGAUACUCGCGAACAGCGUUCGCAAGGCGAGCGCUGACAAGGCCGCCGUCGACCUCUCCCCUGAGACGGUCUACAAGUUUCAAGAGUACUGGCGCCAGUUCCUUGACUGCCCCCUCAAGGGCCGGAACGGCAUCCUCAAGGGUAUCUGCCCACAAGUUUACGGUUUGUUUACGGUGAAGCUAGCGGUCGCGCUGACGCUUAUUGGGGGGGUGGCGCGAGUCGACAAGUCGGGAACGCGGGUCAGGGGGGAGCCGCACCUGCUCAUCGUAGGCGAUCCAGGCACUGGCAAGUCCCAGUUCAUGAAGUACGCCGCCAAGUUGAGCGCGCGUUCCGUCGUGACCACCGGAAUGGGCAGCACGGGCGCGGGCCUUACAGUUACUGCCGUCAGAGAUAAUGGCGAAUGGAUGCUGGAAGCCGGGGCCCUGGUCCUAGCGGACGGCGGUUUGUGCUGCAUCGACGAGUUCGACGGAAUCCGCGAAGCCGAUAGGGCAACCAUCCACGAGGCCAUGGAGCAGCAGACGCUGAGCGUCGCAAAAGCGGGACUCGUCACAACGCUCAACACGCGGUGCACCGUCUUCGCGGUCUGCAACCCAAAGGGGCAAUAUGAUCCAGAUAAUACACUCGAGGUGAACACGUCGCUGGCCGCGCCGCUCCUCAGCCGCUUCGACAUCGUGUUGGUUCUGCUGGAUACCAAGAACCCCGACUGGGACCGGAUAGUGUCCUCUCACAUUCUCACAGAACACAAGAACGCCCACCGUGCCGACGAGGACACUUCAAUUUCGAGCCCCACACCCUCCGCGUUAUGGACAAUCGACAUGCUCCGGAGUUACAUCUACUACGUCAAGGCCGCUUUUCAGCCGACGCUAACCCCAGAAGCGGAGCGGGUUAUUGUUAACUACUACCAGUUACAGCGGCGGUCGAACGCGGGUAACCGUAACCAGGCGCGGACGACGAUCCGAAUGCUCGAGAGUCUGGUGCGAAUAGCUCAGGCCCACGCGAGGCUCAUGUUCCGUCACGAGGUCCUCCGCACCGAUGCCGUCGUCGCCGUGGUGACGAUCGAGUCGUCCAUGACGACGUCAGCAAUCCUGGAGAACAUGACGAACGCGCUCCACUCUAGUUUCAAGGACGAACCGGACGCUGAGUACCGGGACAUCGAGGCGCAGAUCCUGACCGCACUCGGGAUCCCCCCGCCGUCGGAUGAGGAAAGGGCUGCUGAAAUGACACGUGGGAGGCACGAAGAGGGGCCGUGUGGAGACCAGGAAGGAGAGAAAGAUGCGGAGGUGACACGUGGCGGGCAGGAAAGCGAGCCGGGUACUGAGAGUGCGGCAAAAGGGGCGGAAGGAAACGAACGGCGGGAGAUGGGUUUGCUUGUGGACGUUGGACGGAGCUUCGAAAGUGAGGACGCUUCUGGCGAGGAUGGAGAUCUCCUUCUGAGACCCGAUUCCGGGGGGUUGCAGGGCAGAGAAAGUGAACCCCCCGAGGCGCUCGGGUCACAGCUGGAAAUGGGCGAACGGAGCCCGAGCAGAGAGAACGAGGAUGGCGGGAAUUGCGAAAAUCCGGACAGAAGGUGCGGAACCAGCGAAGAAGCACAGACCGUCCGAAACAUGGGGGUAGAAGAUCAGACGGUGGGAAAUGAUCCCGGGGUCGGCGAGGCUGCCACGUGGCAGGCCGAGGCACGCGCGCUGGAGGCCCGGCUCAGGGGCUUCCGGCAGGCGGGGGUUGACGUCAGCACGACGGAUGACGUCGGGGAACGGCAGAAAGCAGAACGUUGGACACGCGCGGACGGGGAGCGGUCGGGCGGCCCGUCAAGCAAAAGGGCGGACGGUUGUCGGACCGGCGGAGUGUCGGGAGUACGACGGGAAGCGGACGCUUUACUGGGUUCGGACUCGGAAGCCAAGGGAGUGGAAACGGGGGGCUUGCACGGGGCGCCGAAUGCCCCCAGUGAAGGCACCGGGGUCAGCAAAAAUCCCGUUACGAAAAACGCGGAUGCGGAAAACCGGGUUGCAGGAAACCCGGGAACGGAGCUGCCGGUGUGUCUGUCCCCCCUGGCAAGGAGAACGAGCGCCUCGCUGGCGGGGGCGGGGAGCGGCCACGUGGGCGCGGCGGGCGGCGGACACGUGGCAGCCGAAGACGGGGCGGGGCCGAGUGGCGACGUGGCUGUGAAAGGGAAGAAGUGCGCAGGAAGGGGUUCGUUGUCUGGGGGUUCUUCGGGGGAAGACGUUUCGCAAGCUUUUGGGGGUUUUGAAAGGAGAAUUUCCGAAAGGGGAGCUGAAAAUGCAGCCCUUGAAAGAGAGCCUGUUUCGGAAGCAACAGGAGAGCAUGCAGGUAAAUGCGACAGGCCAGAAGGCGCAUCGGAUCGUCGAACAGACGGGACCGGACGGGGGCAUGACGAUUUUGCGGGUCAGGGGUUGGAAACUGUUCGGGCAGACCGUGGGGUUAACGUAACUGGCCAGCACGACGCAAACGGAUUGACGAUUGAACCGGGAAGGGAGCCUCCAUCAAGUGAGGAAGCUCAAGAGUCUUCAGGGCCGGCGCGUCCUUUGAGCGCGACUUCGCGGUUUGGCUCCAGCGAGACGAGUGCGCUGAUUAGGACGUUGACACAACGACUAGCUAGGCCGUCCCAAAAAGCCUCCGAUCCAGCGAACGGUGUCAGACCGCCCUGUCCGGAGCCCCAGCUGCGGGCUCCCUCUAACCAAGGCGGAUUAGAAAGUAACCCAGUGGCGCCAUUGGCCGAUAGGGCUGUGAAUGCAGCAAGCGGGCCAAAGGCUCAAGCGGGAGGUUUAGGCAUGCUUCGAAAGAGGUUACAGGGCAGGCGGAGUGCUGAGGAGUCAGAAGAUGCGAAUUGGCUGUCGGACGAGCAGUGGGGAAUAAGUUCUCCGGGCGCCAAACGGGCGAGGAACACUUGACUGUUGCUGGUUCGUUCUAACUGACAAAAGAGGCAGCACGUGCGGUAUUUUAGCAAUAUGGGGAGAUCUGCUAAAGUCACGUGUGCUCAUACUGCUUUCUUUGCUGAUCAACGGUCUGGCA